UACUGGCAAAUAGUUUGACCAAUUUUUCUCACUUCAAUGACCUUUCCACUGCCAACAAUAAUACAAGCAUAAGCAUACAAGCAUAAAUUAACAAAAAUUAUGCUAUGCCACUGCUAAAAAGUUCCUGUGAUUUUAUUAAUUCUACGCGACUGCUGAUAGUUGAAUUUAACAGCCUUAAUCGUUAUCGAUAAUUCGAUAUACAAUAAUGACAUUCUCUGAGGCGUUGACGUAAACAUUUUAAACGAGUUGACACUCCCAUCUAAUGGCGUCUAUUUUUUAAAACAUAAGAACAGAAUUAUUUGUUUACCAGAACAAAAAUGAACAAUAAAAAAUCAAGAAGUUCGCUAAAAAAAGGGCCAACCCAGGCGGAUGAGGAGCCUGAUCCUGUACGAACAAUAAAGCGUCGCAUCAGUUUUAGCGGCAAAAAGUUUAUAAGAGAAUUUGAUACUACGGAGAAACCACGCGACUACGACAACUCAUAUGAAAUAUCGGACCAUACCAACGGCGACGAUAGCUCCGGCCAAACCCAUGGCACUGUGGCAGCGUCUGUACUGCAAAGUACAGCCCACAUCUCCACAUUGCCCAAUGAGAUGGACAAGGAGAAUACAUCGCCCAUCGCAAUAGCUCCAGGCUCAGUGUACGAUCAGAGUUCUCGAUUUAGCGAUUCUACACUCAAACUCCAGACGAGCAUUAAUGUGACGCUGCUACCAGAUGAAAUGGCCAAACACCAUCGGCGAAUGGAAUCCUCGGCCCUUUUAGAGUCAAUGUCAAGAGACAGUUUAUCCUUGUAUGAAGCGGAACGUGUAAAGCUGCGUGAAAAUAGUGUAUAUAGACUGCCAGUUUUUGAGAAAACAAUGGAUCUGAUUCCAGAAACGCUUGCUUUUGCUGAGCUAGAGCCCAAGCAUCUGGAAAACAGAGACGAACAUAAAACUAUUGUAAUACCUGCGGAUAUUAGUUGUGUGGCUCAACAAGUCAGCCAGAAGACGGUGCUAUUCGAGAACAAAGACAUAUCUUGUGAUUUUACCGACAUUGAGCCAAAAGAAAGUUGUUGGGCUGCGGGUGCGACGGCAAAACCAACGCAAGAAAAUGAAUCCAUUGAUGUGGUAGAAAAAGAUUAUAUGAAUUAUUUGCCAGAUGAUUCGACGUUGUCUUCGCCGUUAAUACCCUUGGAUGUGAUAUCAGAGAAUGGGAUUAGCAAGAAAUUGAAUUUUCGGCAACUGAACGAUGCCUUGAACUCCGGCCAAAUACAGUUGUUUCCCAACGGUCCGAAAACACCAACUACUGAUCGCAAAGCAAAGCAACAGCGUUUUUGGCAUGGUCUAGAGCAGCAGCCCGCGGAACAGGAUGCCCCCCUUAGAGAAGUCAUUAAGCCACGCGGCACGCUUAAUUUUAAUGAGAGCAUGAUGAUGUCGCCCAUACCGCAAAAGCCCGAACCUAAUCUAAUGGCAACAGCAGACCAUUUUGAGCAGUCGGUCAAGGCUAAAAGCUCAAAUAACCCUAGACGCAACUAUCGCUUCUCCCAGGCGGACGAGCUGAUGCUAGACAAUACAAAUUUUCUUGUCCAUGCCAAAAUAGGCGAUGAAACACAGUCACGAAAUAGUUCCAAAUCUUCAUCGCGACGGGAAACGACCUACAAUAAUACUGCUAUGGAAUUGGAUGAUCUGGAAAAAUGUGAAGCAGCAAUGAGAGCUGCUCUGGAAAGCGCCAAGCACAAGGAAACUAUGCAACGCCCAGAACCGAUGGAAGAAGAAACUUUAUUAAGUCCCUGCAAAAAUGCAAUCAACACAAUGCAUAAGCCAGCUGCAGUUCAGCAAUGCAGUCAAGCAGAUUUGAAUCCCCAUAAAGCACAGCCAUCUCAGCAGCUCAGCAAUCUAAGGCAAUCAUUGCACGUGUCUGAACCCAUUGAAGAAACCUUCCUUGACUCGCACAAUGAGUUAAAGUCAGUUCGGCCUGCUGCUCCAACAGUAUCGCAACGCAUGAGGCAUGGGCACACAUUGCAAAUGACUGAACCCAUUGUAGAGGAUCUGGUUAUACCACAUAUUGAACCGGCAGCUCAUCAAAUGAAAAACAAUACCCGCAGACAAACUAUAUACGCAGCAGAAGCCAUGGAUGAAGAUAUCGUAAUGCCUUGCCAGGAAUUACCCUCAAAUUCGUUAGCUCCUACAGUGGAGAAGCAGUGCAGCAGGCGCCGGCAAACAUUGCACGUGGUUGAUUCCGUUGAAGAAGACUCAUUCUGCUCGAAUAAAGGCCGUAAGACAACUGCUUCCAUGAAAUCCAAGCACAAUAAGUACAGGCAAACGUUGCUCAUGGCUGAACCCAUUCAGGAGGAUGUCAUGGGGCCACAAAAAGAAGCGAUGCCGCAACCAGUGGAGCAGCAGAUCAGCGGGCGUAGACAAUCACUUAAUCUGGACGAAUCAAUUAGAGAAGAUUCGUUUUAUUCGGCGACUGCUGCUCCAGUAGAGCUGCAUAACAAAAAGAACAGACACACAAUGCACAUGGCUGAAUUCAUUGAGGAGGAUCUUGUAAGACCACAACAAGACUUACAUGCUCAACCGACAGCUCCUACGAUGGAAGAGCAGUAUAUUAGACGUAGACAAACACUACACUUGGUUGAAUCCAUUGAAGAAAUUGUCGUUCAACCCCAGUCAAAGUUUACUGCAGUGGAACAACAGUACAGCAGGCGCAGACAAACAUUGCAUCUGGCAGAUCCCAUUGAAGAAGACUCGUUCUGUUCAAUGCCCAACGCUGCCAAUCAGCAUAAAGAUAAAUUCCCUGGGGAUAAACCAAUUAACGACGAAUUGACGCGACAGUCAGAAGCUCCUGCAGUUGGCCUGCAGUCCAAUAGGCGUAGACAAACUUUGCACAUGUCUGAUCCCAUUGAAGAAGACUCUUUCUGUUCAAUGUCCACAGCAACCAAAUCGCAUAGACAUACAUUGCAAAGGGAUGCGCCAAUCGCGGAAGAUGGACCAAAGCCGCAAGAAGAAUAUAGGCGACAGUCAGAAGCUCCUGCAGUUGGCCUGCAGUCCAAUAGGCGUAGACAAACUUUGCACAUGUCUGAUCCCAUUGAAGAAGACUCUUUCUGUUCAAUGCCCACAGCAACCAACUCGCAUAGACAUACAUUACAAAAGGAUCCGCCAAUUGUGGAAGAUAGCUUAAAGCCGCAAGAACAAUGUAGGCGAGAUUCAGAAGCUCUUGCAGUUGGCCUGCAGUCCAAUAGGCGUAGACAAACAUUGCACAUGGCCGAUCCCAUUGAAGAAGACUCUUUCUGUUCAAUGUCCACAGCAACCAAAUCGCAUAGACAUACAUUGCAAAGGGAUGCGCCAAUUACAGAAAAAACCGUAAAGCCGCAAGAAGAAUUAAGGCGGCAGUCAGAAGCUCCUGCAGUUGGGCUGCAGUCCACUAGGCGUAGACAAACAUUGCACAUGGCUGAUCCCAUUGAAGAAGACUCUUUCUGUUCAAUGUCCACAGCAACCAAAUCGCAUAGACAUACAUUGCAAAGGGAUGAGCCAAUUACGGAACAUAGCUUAAAGCCGCAAGAAUUGGCGCGACAGUCAGAAGCUCCUGCAGUUGGCCUGCAGUCCAAUAGGCGUAGACAAACUUUGCACAUGUCUGAUCCCAUUGAAGAAGACUCUUUUUGUUCAAUGUCCACAGCAACCAACUCGCAUAGACAUACAUUGCAAAGGGAUGCGCCAAUCGCGGAAGAUGGACCAAAGCCGCAAGAAGAAUAUAGGCGACAGUCAGAAGCUCCUGCAGUUGGCCUGCAGUCCAAUAGGCGUAGACAAACUUUGCACAUGUCUGAUCCCAUUGAAGAAGACUCUUUUUGUUCAAUGUCCACAGCAACCAACUCGCAUAGACAUACAUUGCAAAGGGAUGCGCCAAUCGCGGAAGAUGGACCAAAGCCGCAAGAAGAAUAUAGACGACAGUCAGAAGCUCCUGCAGUUGGCCUGCAGUCCACUAGGCGUAGACAAACAUUGCACAUGGCUGAUCCCAUUCAAGAAGACUCCUUCUGUUCAAAACUAACUCCCGUUCCCGUAGAAGCUCAGUCCAGCAAUAAUGCAAAAACUUUGCUCGUGACAGAUGCCAUUGAUAUCGAUGAGAUGAAAUCUCAUGCACAUUUACAAUCCACAUCAGCAGCGCACCCAGCUGAAAAGCCAAGCACCAAACAUAGACAAACUUUACUCAUGGCUGAAUCCAUUCAAGAAGAUAUAACUAGCACGCACAAAGGAACCAACUCUAAACCAAAGGCCAGGCAAACACUAAACAUAGCUGAGCCCAUUGAGGAAGCCAUUUGCAAUGCAGCAAAAUCGUUAAAGCUACAAGCAGAUCCUUCCAUCGACCAAUAUAAGAAAAGUGCACGUCAAACAUAUUUCAUGGAGGAAGCUAUGGAGGAAGACAUCAGUUGCAAUCAAUCAAAGCCGACCACCCCACCCAAGUUACAACCACCAAGGAAGCCAAGCCACACAUUACACAGAGAAGAAGCCAUGGAUGUAGAAAUGGCAAAAGUUCCGCCAACUGAGCAGCGCUUCAGCAAGUCCAGACCCACACUGCUGAUGUCGGAAUCCCUAGAGUUGGAAUUGCUAAGCCAAAGCGCCUCCGAGGAUAUUAAUAAAACGUUAGAUGACAGUCCUUCAGAUUCAGCAGAGUGGUUAGCCCAGAGGCUCAAAGCACGUGAAGCAUUGUCCAAGUCAAUGCCAGUUAAGCAGGAAUUUCCAAGUCCAGAUCGGCUUAAGAAAGAGCCACAAUAUCAAGCUGUAGACACAAAAAGCGUCUUAAAUCGACUUAUUAACCGUACAAGUGUGGAAACCCCUGAGAUGACUAAAAAGCAGCAGAAUUGGCAUCAAAAUUUUUUUCCCAUCACGCCCGGUCGUUCAAUGAUUGAGUAUGAGGACCUGGAGGAAGAGUGCAAGGUUGAGAGCCCAGCUGCAAAACCUGCUCUCCAAUCUAUAUACAACACUAUGGAUAUGGAGCUCGACAUGGACACUUCAAACUUUGGUACUCCCAAGCAACCGACUUCGUUUACCGUGAAGCGCUUGCCAAUACACUUGACACCUAAUUUGCCGCAGCCCAAAAAACGCAACACGCACUUGCCAGUCAAAAUGGAGGACCAGAAUGUUAGCUCAGCAAUUGAACUAGAAGCAUCAGCACAAAAAUUGGAGCAAUUAACGCCCGCUAGAAACAGAUCACGAAUUCCUGUCUUAGCCAAAUCAUUGAAUUCACCUUGGCGUGAAACGGAGCAGCUGGACGGCACCGUGCAGAUGGUGAGGGCAGUAAUGAUGGGACAGACACGCUGCCAGAAAAUGGAGAUCACUCACUUGACGCAAGAUAAGGCGAAAACGGAGCCAGAUUUGUAUGAGGAUAACCCCAUAACCAUUUCGGAUGUGUCAAAUCAUUUUACGGCGCAGCGCGAAUUGGCCAAGCGUUCACAAGCCAAAAAAGCUGAGCAGCAGGCCAGGAAAUCGUCCAUUGAAAGUCGCAGCUCAAAUGAGCAUUGCAAUAAAAGCUAUGCGACAACCCAUAAAAGGUUUAUAAAUCUAAGUGGCGAUACCGUAAUCCUUGCCGCCGCUGAAGUUCUUGACGAGGAGUCGGAGGUUUAUGAAAUUGAUAAGACACGACUCAGUCUGGUGUCGACCUUGCUGGACGAGGAGGACGACAGAGAAAAAGAAACAGCUCAUAGCAACAAUAUCGAAUUAGAGUCCAAUGCCGAAUCUGAUGCUUGCCUUGAGCAACUUAAUCCACCAGCAGUGGCUGGGGCAGCGGAUGCGUGCAAAAAAUGCAAACAUUGCAGGCGCUCAAUGGACAAUGCGACAACGCGCAACAUCUCUGCGGAUUCAUUCGAAUUGCCGGAUUCCCCUGAUCUAGAUGAGCAGUUUGAACGUUUGGAUAGAUUACGACAACGGCCACGUCUUGAGGAUGUGCACAAAUAUUGGGAGCUCAAAAAACUGGAACUUAACCCCGACGAUGAAGAUGAAGAGAAAACGCACAACCCUAUAAGCGAUACAAGUAGUUUAAGUCUAUCACAAAUGCUUGAGAUGUUCAACAACAAGUGCGAAGAGUACAAGCAAUUCUGUCCAAAACCAAAACCAGUUGAAAGGUUUGUCAAGUGCUUGGAAGACUCAAUGCGCGACCUGUUGCCCAAUUGGAUAUUUCAUGAUAAUCUUAAGUAUUAUCGUAAAUAUAUCUUCUCACAUCGUAAAAUAACCACAUUUCAACUCGUCGUUGAUUAUGAGCCGUUGGACUUACUGGAAAGUAAGAUACGCGUGAGCAGCAUUAAAAUGAGAAAAUCGAACAUACCUCCGAAGUUUCCAUUGUGGAAUGUCUACGACCAUCUGAUGGAUUUUCAGCUUAAGCUUAAUCUACCAUUGAACCUGGAUCGUCUGUUGGAUGGCAACGAGGUUGUAGAUUUUGUCAAAUUCUUACAGCACAUAGAUGGAGUCUGCUUGAGAGUAUAUAGCAUAUGUAGAAAUAUGCAAAUGGUGUUGACUACAGCAGGAGCACGGAUCUUAAGAGAGUCUAAUCGCAUUAUUCUGAGAAAGACUGUGCGUCGAUUAAUUAAGAAGGAAGAUGAGGCAUUUGCACGUAUGGAGAAAACCAACUUUAAAAUUGAAAUCGGUAACGUUCAGGAGAUCUCGUUUAAGGAUAUUCUGCAGCCAACUUUGUAUCAAUUCGAUGAGAAAAUUCAAUUUUUACCAAAGGGUAUCGCAUUUUUGGAAGCCUUCCUGCAAAAUCCCGAUCAAUUUCUAAGGCGUAACGUCGAACACAAUAAUUAAAGUUUUAUUGUGGACGAUUUGGUGAGCCAGAAAUAUAACCAAUAGGACUUGUUUUAUACAUAAAAUAUUAAGAUAUUCAAAGUUAUGUAGUAAUUAUAUUAGAUAUAAAUGACAUUU